AUGGCGCUUCUAUCAGCCGAACACCUGGCUGGUCCAGGCUACAUUAUCCUUAACAUCUUGCGAGGGCUGAACAUCGUCGCUCUUGCUUCCGUGGUUGCCAGCAGCGUAGUCAUGCUGGUGAAGACUUUCAUCAUUUCCAAGUUCUUCUUUUUCGAUGCUACGAGUCACGUUAUCACCGCCAUUGCUGGACUGUUCUUCAUCGUCUCAGAAUGCUCGCUGUUCCGCAACUUCUACGCUCGUAACUGGCCGCUCUUGAGUCCUUCGCAUGGUUUCGUCACGUUGGGUUGCGCAAUGAUGGUGGUUGGACUCAACAUGCUCGGUAACAUGAACAAGGAGGCCACGAGCCAGAAGUCGCUCAUUCUGCCUCUCUGGCGCCUGCUCGUCGCUUCGGGUAUCUUGGCCAUUGUCAUUGGCUUCUUCAACAUCGUCGCCAGCUUCGUCUUCCGCGACAAGUCUCGUAAGAUCACUGCUCGCAUGGUACGCUCCAGAGGAGCCAUGACACUCCACGAGGAUCUUGAGACACAAUCUCAGUACGACCCCAAACACAAGGCCUUCACUAUCAGUACCCACCACACUGGGAGCACUUCCUCUCGCACCAACGUUCACGGUGGUACGCCACCCAUGCGAAUGGGUACACCGCCAGUUGACUGCGGCUCACCUCAAGUCGCUUCCCCUAACAAGGAAAACGACCCCAACCGCCUCUCCCAAUUCGAUUUCAGCCCCCUUCGCGCUUUCCGAACAGCCCGCCAAUCCUUCCUACCAUCCUACCACAGUCAAUCCCCUGCCAAACCAAGUUUCUUCUCGCACCGCCCCUCAAGCUCAAUCUACUCGCGUACCACAUCUGGUGAGCCAGCCAGGAAGAAGUUCUGGCAGCGACAGCGCGAGGAGCAGGAGGAUGAGACUGCGCGCAUGCCUGAAAUUAGCUAUCCAUUGAACGUCAACCCACAGUUUGCGCACCUUGUUAAGCCAAACCUCGCGCAUCACCCUAGCGUUAGGAGGCCUGAGGCGGACUACGACAAGAUCUAG